AUGGGGAGGGCCCAAAUUGGCGAACCCAGAUGUCGGUUUGGGAUCCGUAGGAGCACCGUGCUGGGACACGCACGAGCGGGCGGGGCAGGUUUCGUAUUCCAUGUUCGUUCGACCCCUCAUUGCAGGGCUGUCCACAAAGAUUUUCCUGCAGUUCGCACGUCCUAGAUAAGUCGGGCGUGCGCGAUGGAUUCUCUCCCCACGCACAAAUGAAUUGGAACAAUCCGAUUCUCACACACAUGGGCACGGCAUCAUGGCAUCGU